AUGCAGAACGUCACCGGUGAGUUCGUGGACCCAUACGUGCUGCGGAAAUGCUCUGCGAGCAACCGCAUCAUUAGUGCCAGGGACCACGCGUCCAUCCCGUUGAAUGUGGCCGAGGUUGACAAGGUCACAGUCCGGUUUAAUGGCCAGUAUAAAACCUAUGCUAUCUGCGGGGCCAUUCGCAGGAUGGGCGAGUCAGAUGAUUCUACUCUCCGGUUGACUAAAGCUGAUGGAAUUGUCUAAAAG